AUGUCGAAUUCUAAUUUGGAACCGAUGCCAUUUAGAAGGUCAUUCGGAGGACCAGGCACGAACAGUUCAGGCAGUCGCACUUUGGCUGAGCUGGCAGCGGCCGUAGCCGCUCCAACGGAUGAAGACGCCUUUGUAGAUGUGUCAGGUCUUGCGAAAGUGAGACAGAUUGUUACGGGGGCAUGCCGCAAGUGUGGAUAUCCUGGUCACCUUCCAUUCCAGUGUCGAAAUUUCAUUCAACUAAAACCUGGCCAAUCAACUGUGAUUGAUGUGAGCUCAACCAGCAGCGAAAGCGAGACAGAAACUCCCCUUGGUAGAGCAUUUUAUAUUAUAUCUAAAUCUGUGGUUUUCAGUUCUGACUCUGAAGACGAUCGUCAUAGAAGGAAAAAAUCUAAAAAGAGGAAGAGGCACUCGAGCAGUUCAUCGCAGGAUGAUGAGAAGCCGAAGAAGAAAAAGAAGAAGCACUGA